UACUAAUAAUACCCACAGGCUCUGAUGAGAUCUUCGGCUCAUGCGAGGGAGAGAGGCAUUAGAAAGCUUUACUUACGCUUUCCCAUUUUUCUCUCAUGGCCAAAAUAGAAGGAAGAGAUCAGACUCACCGCCACAUUUAUUAAUAAAGAUGUCUCAACUUUGUCGUAAAGUUGUUCAGCUCGGCCUUAGGAGGAGACUUCGACGUCGCAUGUUGAUCCUCCGGGGAUGGUUCCGGCGACAUUGUGACCGACUUCUCAUGUGUUCCCUUGGGAAACGAAUCCGGUACCGCAUGUUACCAAGGGCCCCGGCUGUGACGUCUCCCUCUCUAGGGGAUACCCCGGUGGUCGUCGACUUUACGCCGGCGGAGCACGUAACGCCGGCGUGCCAUAACCACGACGUGGACACCUCGGAUUUGGUUGCCUUGAAGAUCAGUCUUUUGGGUGAUAGCCAAAGUGGAAAGACUAGUUUUCUGGCGAAGUAUGCAGGGAAGGAGGAAGAACAAGCAGCACUGGAGAAGAAAGAACUAAAUUUAAUGGACAAAACAUUAUUGGUUGGAGGUGCACGAAUUUCCUAUUGUAUUUGGGAAGUAGGAGGUGGUAAGAAGUCUAGAGUUCACAUUCCUGCUGCUUGUAAGGACUCUGUGGCAAUUUUGUUCAUGUUUGAUCUAACAAGUCGGUGUACACUAAAUGGUGUCGUAAGGUGGCAUCAAGAAGCAAGGAAAUGGAAUCAAACGGCAAUUCCUGUUUUAGUUGGAACAAAGUUUGAUGAGUUCAUUCAGCUCCCCAUAGAUUUGCAAUGGACAAUUGCAAGUGAGGCAAGAGCAUUAGCAAAAGCCCUUAAUGCCACCCUGUUUUUCUCAAGUGCAACCUACAACAUCAAUGUCAAUAAGAUCUUCAAAUUCGUCACUGCAAAGCUCUUUGACCUGCCAUGGACUGUGGAGCGGAAUCUGACCAUGGGAGAACCCAUUAUUGAUUUUUAGAGGACUGAUACGUAGAUAGCAGAAGUCUUCUAAAUCCACAGAAAGUGACCGACGUUGAGAAAGUUCCCGGAGCUGUGAAUCUAGUCCUGGUUGCUUUCUUUGCAUGCCAUGGAGAAAUGCAGAGGAGGGGCCAUCAGCCCUCAUCUCCAACCAUGAAUAACAUGUGUUGUGUUCAAGUUCAGCAAAUUAGAAAGACUUGAAAGUAGAAAGAAGAAAUAGCAAACAUUUUGCCUUUUGUUUUCCAA